AGUGUCUUUCUGAAUUGGUCAAUGGAUUACACGGUUUCCCUUCAAGUCCAACAUCAGCUCACGGUGUAUCCCACACACGUUUACCAAGGUUACAGUUUGGAGUUACAGAUGAAGUCAACAGAGGUGGACCAGGGCCUUUUCACAGAUAGCUACUGCAAAGUUUGCAGUGCUCAACUCAUUUCUGAGUCACAGAGGGUUGCCCAUUAUGAGAGUCGAAAACAUGCAAACAAAGUCCGUCUAUACUACAUGUUGCAUCCCGUAGAUGGAGGAUGUCCAGCUAAGAAGCUUCGAACAGACAAUGGCAGCGAAGAGGGAGAUGUGGACAAGAAUAAGUGCUGCACGUUGUGUAACAUGUCCUUCACCUCAGCCGUGGUGGCACAAUCACAUUACCAGGGCAAGAUUCACGCUAAAAGGCUGAAGUUACUGCUAGGGGAACCACCCGCUAUCACGGCCAAAGAGGCUCCGGCCAGUCCGGUGAAGACGGCUACCGUGGAGACGUCCCCGGUCACCUCACCCCGACAGCGCGGCGAUUCGGAUCGGUACUGCCAGCUUUGCAACGCCUGGUUCAACAACCCCGGCAUGGCCCAGCAACACUACGACGGCAAAAAGCACAAGAAGAACGCGGCACGUGCUGAGCUGCUGGAGCAGCUGGGGAAAACCCUGGACGUGGGAGAGAUGAAAGGUCUAAAGCGAAGCUACACAUGUGAAGUAUGCAGUGUCACUCUGAACUCUGUGGCUCAAUACCACGCACACCUGCAGGGGUCCAAGCAUCAGAACAACUUGAAGAAUCAGCUGUGCGUCCAGUGA